AUGGGGUCCUUCGGUGUGGCCCGCGCUAGCCUCGACCUUGUGGCAGCCCCCUUGCUUCAGCACUCUCGACCAAGUGAAUUUUACUUUAUUUUUCUUGUAGGAAGAAAGAAACAGAAGCUUGCUAAGGAGAGAGCUGGGCUUUCCAAGUUACCUGACUUAAAAGAUGCUGAAGCUGUUCAGAAAUUCUUCCUUGAAGAGAUACAGCUUGGUGAAGAGUUAUUAGCACAAGGUGAAUACGAGAAGGGUGUGGACCACCUGACAAAUGCAAUCGCUGUGUGUGGACAGCCUCAGCAGCUGCUGCAAGUGUUACAGCAAACUCUUCCACCACCAGUGUUCCAGAUGCUUCUGACCAAGCUUCCCACCAUUAGUCAGAGAAUUGUAAGUGCUCAGAGCUUGGCUGAAGAUGAUGUGGAGUGAGCCAGAUAUCAACACGAUAAAAUCUCAGUUAAAAAUGAUUUAACCAUUAGCUUGGAAGCUGAUCGGCUCUGGGGAAUAAGGGCAAAUAUGCUUGUCAUGAACUGUCCUACACUGAAGUCUACCAAAGUGAAUGUGUACUUUGAGUAGAUCCAUUGUCUGUUCUAUUUAUUUUUUCCAGUGAAAAGUAUUUUGAUAGAACUUUUCAUUUUAUAAAUGCACUGAGUUAACCAAAAUAUCAUGGAUUUCGUUUAUUCUUAAGACAUGCAAUUCAAAUGUAAAUACAGUAGAGUCUUAGGUAAAAACUCACAGUGAUGAAUUUUAAAACAUUGGAAGAGACUACGGAGGAUAGUUGAAUAAUGCCCAUUUUUUAAAGGCUCUAGUACAUUUUACUGUAAGUCAUCAAAUUGGAUAGAAACUUGUGUUUGUGAAAACUGAGCAUUAAAAUCUUGCAGAGACUGUUUCUUUCUGUUUACUUUUGGACAUGUGAAGUGUGCUGUUGUGUUGUUAGCGAUCCCGUUCCCUCCCCGUGUUUCCUAAAAGCUUCAGUCUGCAUCAGUGGCUUAAUGUCCUCUGUGGACUAACCCCUAGUAUUUCAGGCACCUGGCCGAGGAAAGCACCAGGAUUAGUCCUGGGUGAGCCUCGCCUGCUGUCCGCUCACUCUGCUCUUUCUAGACUGAGAGAUCCAGCCUGCUCUUCUCUUGGGUGGCUCUGUUCAGCGUGGAGUUUAAUUGGUUCUGUUGAGAGUCUUUAGGUCUGUCUCCAGCUGAUGGCUGAUGAUUAUUUCAGAACAACCAGGCAUUGCACUUGUUUAUAUUCUGAAUUUGCAUGUUUAUCUGACUUAGUAUUUCUCAAUUAAACCUCUAAGUGAAAUAACUUCUUUGUCAGUUAUUACUGAUGUGAAGUGAUUUUGUUACUCUUGUGUCAGUUAACCAGAAACUUGUCUUUAAGGCAGUUGUGAUGGUCUGCUUGUGAAAGUGUUGAUUCCCUUUUUGCUUUUAACAGUGUAUCUCUUUCAAUUUUCCUGUGGAUUAACUAAUUUAUCUUUCACGGUGACAAUAGAGUGUCAUCUUGACUGGAGACUUGGCUGAAGCAGUGGGAUCUCUUCUCAGAUAGCAACCUUUCACCUGGUGACAUGGGCUGUCCUGAUUCAAGUGUGAAGACCUUGUUUGUGGUCUAUGCUGGUAUCUGUUCACCGAGCAGCAUUCUCGUGGGCAGCUUGUCUGCCUCCAUGCCCUGGAAUUGUUUUGAUUUGCCUCACCGUGGGCUUGUUCUGAUGGUAGUUUAGUAGGAAGAAUCUGGAAUGAGGCUUUAACUAGCUUCUGCCUCUGGUUAGUGUAUGGAUAACAGCUGUGAACAACUCACCUGUAGUAUUUUCUGGUGGAAUGCCAGACCUGGAGGCACACAUUUGAGGCAUCUAUAGGUCCUUUCCAGGCCUUUGGUGGUGAACCCUUGCCAGUGCUUUCUAGAUAGGUGUGUGUUUAGGGGUGUGAUGCUACAAAUAGGCUGGCUGAGUUUUGCUGGUAGGACUCCAGUCCCGAGUAUCAUAAUGGUGACCAGAGAUUGACUGCACUGCCAACAAAGUCCUGCAUCAGCCCAGGUGUGGCUAAGAGAGCCACGGGGGGAGUGGAGGUUGGGGAAUUGAGGGGUAGGGCGCUCUUGGAGAGGGUUCUACAGUGUGCACCUGGUGGCCUGGCUCCUGGCAGUGGAGAGGCUAGAGAUGCUGUCUUUACUUUGAGACUGAUUAAGUCAAGACUUUUCUUAAGUGACUGAUGGAGGGAGCUUCAUCAUUUCUGCUUUUGAACACUAGCUGUGUUAUGGAGGGACUACUUUCCUCCAUAUAAACAAGUGCUGAACACUAUUUCUUCUCACCCCAAGUUAAAUAGAUGGAACCAGGUGCUGGUAAGUGCUGCCAGAAGGCAAGACUAACACUAAAGUAGUAUAAAAAAAACAGCUUGAAGGUUGCCAGGAGCAUUCGAGAAUGUGCAUGUUACAACAUGUUGGUAUGCUGCCUCAGGCAAAGGUGUAUUGCUGGGUGCUACUGUUUUUUCUAACUGAAAACAUUUUAAAUGGAGCUUCCUGGAAAGGUGGUAUAAAUGCCCUAAUAUAGUGAGCAUACUUAGGCAAAGUCCAGGUGUUGUGUUCCUUUCAUCUCCAGCAGGUUUGAUAUUUAUUCCAUUUCCACCUGCCUUUAUGACUUGCCUUUAUGACCUUGAAUCAACCUAUGGACCAGAGUAUUGAUAAUGGAAUUGCUGCUGAAGAAAUGGUGGGGAAUUUGGUGUAUGAUCCUGACAACAAAUCUUUCUUCUAAUAUAUAUUAAAAAAAGUGUUAUUGUUUGUGCCUCAGCUGUAUUAAAGGGUUUGGAGAACAUUUGGCUUGGUGUAUAUUUGCAGAACUGAAUGUUGAUUUUUGGUGACUAACUAGAAAGCAUACCAACCUUUUAGGUUAAUAUCCCUUUGAGAAAGAGCUUUGUGGCCCUCGCCCAUACCUCACCCCACAAAAGCAAGCCUGUUUACUACCUGACUUCCAGCAUGGAAAGGAUCUCAGAUUCCAGGUUAAGAACCCCUGCCUUAAUGACAGUAGGUGAGGGAUCCUGUGUAGUAGUGUCUGGCUGCUAGUGUGAUGGUAGACAUAGACUGGAAUCUCUGUAAAAGUGACCAUGUUUAGUGAUGUGGGAACCACCAGUAGGAAAGCUUGACUACGGAGUGACAAUCAUUAGUCAUUGAAAGUCUGGAGCAUAACUCAGUAGCACUUCUGAAAUGUUCAAGAUUUUAAAUAUACUAAAAUUUCUCUAUAGUACAACUAGAUAGAUUUAUUCACAAAAUUACACUAAGCAGUUUCUUUUUCUGUUUUGGAAGGCAAGAAUCCUGUAAUCUUACCUUUAUCCAAGUCAGGUACUAUUUAUUUGUCUACUCUGUGUGUGGGGGUAGUGGGGGGAGUCACUGCAGACAACUAAAAACUACAGUUGAAGGCAUUGUGAAAUGAACCUUUAAAGCCCAUUAGUACAUUAGGAACUUGGUACCAUGGUGAGGCUUCAUGCAAAAGCCUCAGAGUUUGCCAAGAAGCAAGGGGCCUGGGAGGUGAGUUGACCCUAGAGAGUGGUUCAACAGGCCGGGGUGGGGGUGGGGGGGUGGCCCUGGCCUCCGUGUGCAAACGUGAAGUGAACAUGGUGAAGACAGUGCCCUGCUGGGCUUCCCUGAGGUAUACCCCCUGCAGGCUCUGAGUUGACUAUAGCAGUCCUCUGUGCUUAGGGUGUGACUUUGAAGUUCUAAGGCUGAGCUUGUGUAUUCUAGUGACCCGAGACAGUUAACACCUGAGUGAUAAAGCCUUGCAGAGACUAGGCACAGCCUGUGCUGGUGAUGCUGUCUGUGUUACAAUCCUAAAGGCCUAAUGUUUCCUGUGUUAAUUAGGGCUCCACUGACAGAGUAACCCUCUUCCUAACACCCCAUUUCAGUCUCCAUUGUGUGACUCUUGCCUCAGCCUCCCAAGCGCUGGGGGUUCUGGAAUGUAUCACUAUGCCCGCUUUAGGACCUGGCUUUGGAAUUAAGACUAUACCAGCACUUGUUAGAACAUGAUCAUGGUAGAAGAGCUCCCUCGCAAUUAUCUGUCACUAAUAGAUAAGGAAGGGUCUGGAGUGGGGGCACACCACUGGGUGGCUGGGGCAGGACUGAGUUUGAGGCCAGCUUUGGACCCUGUGGAGGCUAGAGGGUUGAGGGUUUGAAUUAGGAAAGGUAAAUUGACAAGAUUAAACUCACUGGGAGGGAGCUGGGGUUUUGUUUUGCUUCAUUUUUUAGAGUAUUUUCAUGUAGCUUAGGCUGGCCUUGAUCCUCUUGUCUUCGUCUAUGGAGUACUGGGUUUACAGGUGUGGGCUUCCAUGCCUGGCUGUUUAUUUACAACAGGAUCUCACUGCUGGCCUGGAACACAGAUCUAGCUGCCUCUGUGUUCUCCCCCAUGAAGAUCCUGUAACUUCCAACUGCUAUGAUUAUGGGCAUUUGCCUCCAUGGCUUUGCUUUUCAAGAGUUUUUGAGUUUCAUAAAAAUGGUUUGAAAAUUUGAGUUGGUGGUAACAGAAGAAUUCCCAGCACUUUUUGAAAUGACCCUAAAAACACUUCUUCCAUGUUAUGCCAUGUUUGUGUAAAGUGUUCUCUGAAUCAGUGAUUAUAAAGUUGAAAUAUUGAGACCAGCUCUGAAAUGCUGAAGGCACUCUGCAUCCUGCAGGAUCAAAUGCUCACCCAAAAUUAUGUAAUGUAAAAGCAUAUUCAUCUCAUUUGUAGGCACCUCGUUUCAAAAUAAAUACUCUUAUGAUUUAUUACCA